AUGAUGCACCAGGCAAGCAGAGUGUAUCAGGGACUUGCAGCCAAGUCGGUAGCCGUGGUGGUGAGGCCUGUUAUCAGGACACUCCUUGUCCAUCAACUCUUUGACCAACACUUCUACUGUGUCACCUGGGCAAAGCUUCUUGAGAUUCCCUCUUUCCAAGAACACCUGAUCCUUCCUGAAGUCUGGAGCAAGCAGGACAAGGAGUUCCCCAAAGGCAGCAGGGUGCUGGAGCAGCAGCAGAUGAGGGUUUUGCAUGAAGCGAUUACAUCGUACCUUCCAUUCCCACGUACACAGAAGAGGUGCGCCAGCUGGACCGGUACCGCAGAAGGCUGUUGGCUGCUGGCCUGUGGAGGAACACCUGCCAGGUGGAGCAGAGGCUGGGCCGGACCUGAAGGAGGGGGAACAAGUCAGCCUAGAAGCACAGAGCUUUGCUGUGACCAGGGAAGAGGAUCAUGCUCAGGAAUUGCUGACUCCUGGCUACCAGCUCAGCAUCAUGUCAUCAGGCCCGCAGGCUAUGACAACAUCUUCAAGACACCCAAGGAGCUCUCCUGUACUCAUGUCUUCUGCCUUGAGUGUUUGGCUAGGCUGGCAGCUGCCCAGCCUGCAGGCCGUCCUGGCAGAGAAGCUGUACCCUGCCCGUUCUGCCGGCAGCCCACCACUGUACCUGCUGCUGGGGCUCCUGGGCUGCGCACCAGCCGUCAACUGCAGGCCAAGAUGCCAGUGCACUUGCAGAGAGAGGAGCCCGUGUGGCUUGAGGGCACCAAACUGUGUUGCCGCCCCUUGUCCACCACUUCUGGCCAAGGGGCCAGUGACUUUGUGUGUGUGGAUGUAGGCCUAAGCAAACCAGCGGAACCCACACUGCCUGUACCUAUCCAGGACCCCCCUGAACCCAGGCGAGGCUGGCUGGCCCGUUGCUGGACACGGUUUGGAGACUGGCGUCAGGUAGCACUGGUUUCUGUGCUGUUGCUGUUGCUAUUUUGUGUGGUCCUCUGGCCUGUGCACUGUGCAUUCAAAACUGGAAAUCUGCGCUGCAUUAACCGGCCAUCUGUAGUCACUGCUGCUGUCACUUCAACUACUGACACGCUCUUUUUUGGGCUCCUAGCCAACAAAUAGGGUCAACACUUAGUCCAGGCCAACUGUCCUGCUUGCUCCAUGGAUGGAUCCUGACCUAACAAGGUCAAGGACACAGCAGCUUUGGGAGUUGGUUUCCCAGAACCAAAGACACGUAUGUGUCCCUCACUCUCUAGGGCUAGGUGCCAAUAGGAAGAAAAAGGUCUUCAAAGCCUCUAAGAAAUACAGGCGUCUAAGGGCUCCAGAAACUGCCCUCUGACCCUGCCAUACAGAUGGGGAAAGGAACCCAGGACCUUCCUAGACACACCGAAGUCCCCAAAAGGCAGAAGUUUGCCGUCCUUCCUUUUAAUUAAAUUUAUUUAUUUUAUACCCUGACUGAAGUUUCCUCCCCCGCUCCUUUCUUUCUCAAGACAUUUUACCAGGGUCUUUCCUAGUUCCUUUCUUUGGGAAGGGCUGGACCCUUCCACUCAGUGGGGACGCUGAGCAGCUAGUUCUCUUAAUAAGAGUGACAAUGGAAAGGUAGGGCACCUCUGCCCAUUCACAGCAGGGACGUGUCUUCUGUCUCUGGCCAUU